AUGUGGAAGAUGGGAAUCACAUAUGAACACUCAAUGAAGGAUCUCUAUCAGAAUCUAUGGAUCUUACCUGUUGUGUUGCUGCGCCUCUACAGGAUCUUCUACGUCUCCCACGAUGCCCAAGACCUGAAGAUAUUCAGUUAUAUUGCCAGAGAUGGAGAGAGCAACGUUUUUCGCUGCAAUGUCUUCAAAUCUAAACGGAAGUCUCAAGCCAUGAGAAUCGUGCGCACCGUGGGUCAGGCGUUUGACGUGUGUCACCAGCUGACCCUGCAGCAGAAAAGCGGGGAUCAGGAGGAUGAUGAGGGGAAGGCGGAGGAGCUGGAGGCAGCACCAGCGAAGGAGAGGUCGCUGUUGUCAGAGGAGACAGACCUUGAAGCCACCACAGAGGAGAGCAUUGAGUGCGUCUCUUCAUCAGACCUGGAGAAGAACAAAAAGGAAGAGACCGUGGGUGCAGAUGCGAAGGUGUCUGAGGAUUCCCCUCUUCUGCUGAGCUCUCCCAUCAUUGAAGCUUCAGCAGCAGCCCAGGCACCGGCGGAGGCGUCCUGUUCUGCAGAGCAUCAAGUCCAGUUUCUUCAGAAACAGUUGCAGCUGCAGGCACAACAAGCCCUGGCAGCUUCAGCACAGGUUCACGUCCUCCAGGAGCAGCUGUCGGUGGAGAUGUGUGCACGCACCGAAGCCCAGGCCAGAGUCCAGAGGCUGCUGCAGCAGAACACAGACCUUCUGCAACACAUUUCCCUGCUGGUCAAACAGAUCCAGGAGCUUGAACUCAAAUCUACAGGACAACUAACAUCUAUGGGUUCCCAGGACAGUCUAUUGGAGAUCACUUUCCGUGCCAAGCCUCCCAGUGCACCCAGUGCAUCAAUGACCCGCUCCUCGUCUGCAGGCCCAUUGGCGGCUCCCUCCCAGCUCCAGAUCAGUGAUGGAGCCUGGUUCUCUGCUUUAUCCGGGCCCUGCUCUCCAAACACCGCCGGCACCGACUCCAUUCCUCUGGGACCGAGUGGCAGCGGAGUCCGACUCGAGUGCUUUCGUUUCUCCAACCUGGUUUCAGACAGCCUAGCCGGGGCACAGGACACAGGAGAGACCCCCAGUGAUGAGAGCUCACUGCUGGGAGAGCAGGUCCUGGGGGCUCUGGAGCUGCUUCGUUUCAGGGAGUCGGGGAUCGGGUCGGAGUACGAAUCGAACACAGAUGAAAGCGAUGAUCGUGACAGCUGGGGGCAGGGAGAAGGAGCGGGGGCAGAUGGUUCUGCACGACUCCUAAAUGUGUUGAAUACAGAAAGCUUGCCAGAUUGCUUAGGGGAUGAGAUGGCGGUUUAGUUGUGUUCUGAUGUCAGUUCGAGGCAAACUAAACAUAUGCACCUCCUCAGCGCAGAAACUGAAACUAUGAAGAAGAACCCAUCUGCAUUCUCAGUCAUCUGCAGCUAUAAGGUAACUAUUUAGGCAGAUAUAUGUUUUCUCCAGUUGACUUAUUUCUGUAAUGUACAUUAUUCAUUAAAUGUACCUUAUUU